AUGGCCGGCCCGAAGACGGAUAAUGCCAUUUCCAUGAUCGAAAAUGGCAUGGAAAAGCAAGAAACAUUCCAGGUCGAUGCUAUUUUUUACAAACGAUCUGGAGCGGCGAGAAUGUUUCAGAUUCAAUGUAUUCCGAUAAGAAAUCAUAAAGAGGAAAUCAUUUUCUACACGGUGCAUUUGCACGAGCCCGAGCUAAAAUCGCCAAUGCGCCGCGAUGGUCCUGGCAGAUUUGGGAUGUUUUCUCGCUCAAGUCGCCAGACAAACCCAGAAGAGUGCAAUGAAGACAUGUUGCGAAUCCCCGAGCGAGAAAGCAAGACGGGCCCGGAUGUCAAACUCCUCGACACAAGCAGUCAAUCCGUCCCUGCUUAUAUUAUUCUUCAUUAUGGAACGUUCAAGCAGAUCUGGGGCUGGUUCAUUCUCUUAUUGCCAUGA